AUGUCGAUGCAGCGACACGUACCCAUCACUGUGGACCACAGCAGGUGGUACCCGGCAGAGUUUGACCCUUUCUUCAGAGAUUCUUCUUCCUGGACCCACCUCCGGGACUGGGCCAGGGAUCCAGCCGUACGCGAGCCACACAGAGAGCAUCACUUGAGGGACAUGGUCAGGGAACCGGCAGUGUACCACCAACCUGGCGCCGGCAGCACACUGCCCCUGACCCGGUCGUUCUACAACCCCGAGAGACAGCUGGGCUCACUGGACACUGACAUGCAGCGGAUGGCCACGGAGAUGAGACGGAUGUACAGCGAGAUGCAACAUCUCAUGCCCAUGGAUGCCAACCCUGACAGCUGGCGGAAGAAGGAGAACUACCUCCUGGACAACCCUGUCUACCACGACCAGAGCUCUGGCAGGGAGGUCUUCCGACUUCAGUUUGAUGUCCGACAGUUCAAACCUGAAGAGAUCUAUGUGAAAACUGAAGGGAACAACCUGACAGUGCAUGCCAAACACGAGGAGAAAUCUGAAGGAAAGUCACUGCACAGAGAGUACCACAGACAAUAUGUUCUGCCCAAGGACAUGAACCCCGAGAACCUGGUGUCUAAGCUGAGCAGGGACGGUGUCUUGACAAUUGAGGCUCCGCUAGCCAUAGCAGAGGCAAACAGACUCAUCCCCAUCAAACACGAGUGA